AUGUCCCCAAAACCAACAAUCCUCUUCGUCCCCGGCGCCUGGCACAAAGCCACAUGCUACACCCCCCUCAUCCAAAACCUCACCGCGCAGGGCUACGAAACCGCAACCGCAGACCUCGCAUCCGUCGGCGCCGUGCCCGGCCUGCAGUCCUGGGCCGGCGACAUAUCCAACAUCCGCACCGCCAUCACCACCCUGGCCGACGCUGGAAAACACAUCGUCGUCGCAGCGCACUCGUAUGGCUCCCUCCCCGCCGGCGAAGCCAUGAAAGACCUGCUCCUGCGCGACCGCUCCGCCGCGGGAGAGAGGGGGGGUGUGGUGCAUGUCGUGUAUAUAUCCGCGUUCGUCCUGCCCCCAUCGAUGAGCCUGCUAGACGCCCUGGGCGGCACGGAUCUGCCGUGGUUCCGCGUCAGCGAGAGCGGGACCGAGGUCGAGCCGGAGGAUCCUGCGAGGGUGUUUUAUAAUGAUUUAAGCGAGGAGGAGCAGCGGGAGCAGAUUGAGCAAUUAGAGGUGUUUAGUUAUCGCAUGUUUGGGGAGAAGACGACAUGGGCGCCGUAUAGGGAGGUAAAGUGUAGUUUUGUGUUUUGUACCUUGGACAAUGCUAUUCCGUUGGAGGUGCAGCGGGGUAUGGUUCAGGGGAGCGGAGCGCAGUUCAGGGAGACGACGGCGGCGGAGAGCGGGUGA